UGAGGAACUGUUUCUAUGGAGCAUUAAAGCGGUCGCUCCCGUGACGUUUAGCACAGAUUAGCUGUUAAAGUUAACGAGUUAAUAAUCAAUCUAAUGACAGACAGUAUCUGUAGUACAGUCAGACGGUCACCACGCCCACACUGUGUGUAUAUGACUGUUACGUAAGCCUCGACGCACACGGACACAAGACAAGGAAACUUCAGUGUGUCUUCACCUGAGAGCUGCAGCCGUUAACCUCGUCCAGUGCACCUGUAAGUUUGCCAGGAUGGUUGUGCUUUCCAAAGAGUAUGGAUAUGUGGUGCUGACUGGCGUUGCCAGUAUCAUAAUGGUCGGACAUCUGGCCUAUAAAGUUGGCAAAGCCCGCAAGCAGUACAAUGUCCAGUAUCCUCAGAUGUACAGCGACGACCCGGAAACUGGGACCAUUUUCAACUGUAUCCAGCGUGCACACCAAAACACCCUGGAGAUCUACCCCGCCUUUCUCUUCUGCCUCACAAUUGGUGGUGUGCAGUGUCCUCGUGCUGCCAGCGGACUUGGAGUUAUAUGGAUCAUAAGCAGAGAAGUGUACGCCCAUGGAUACUCCACAGGAGAUCCUAAAAAAAGAAUGCGGGGAGCGUUUGGCAACUUCGCUUUGCUUGGGUUGAUGCUGACCACCGUCAGCUACGGCCACCACCUGCUCGGCUGGACGGGACCACGGUUCGGCCCCUUCCGUCACCUAGACUGUUGCUAGUGAGGACGAAGUCUUCAGGAUGAUCUCACUCAGUCAUUUAACUUAUCAUCAAAGCCAUUCUAUAUAACCCAUAUACCUUACAACAUGUGUGCUAACCUCUGACCAGUUUAACGUUUAAAGUCAGGUGAAGAUCUUGUUCUGAAGUGACCCGACUGGUUCUCCAGGAAGGGAAAUUCUUUAUGUAGGAUGCUGCAUGGGGCGUAUUCACUAGUUGGCACUCCCACAACAUGCAAGAUCUGACAGUUUGUCUUGAUAGGAUGUUCAACUCCACCCUGAUUUAGAAAUUUUAACUAAGUUGGCCCCAUGACAUGAAUUAUCUUUCAUAUUUUUGCAACUGACAAAUGAAGAUGUAAUAAAAUGGGACCUUUAAGAUUGAU